GAUCUGCUGAGUGGACUAAAGAUGGGGGUGCAAAGUGGUUGGCUGGAGGCUAACAGAGGAGACUGGGUGGCCAUCUUUGAUUCCCAUACCCAGAUGGGUGCAGCCAAGGGCCUGGGGGAGGACAUCACUGAGCAGGCCAGGAUCACUGGUGACYUAGUGGAGGUUAGUGGAUGGGACAGCGUCUUCAACUCAGGGCUGGGGAACAACACUGUUAACCACAACCAUAAACAYACAGUCGAACACAGAACAACGACCGAACAAAGUCUCCAUGACAACAGACUGGCAGAGACCAGGGCAAGGCGUAGAUUUGAUCUACGGGGACGGGGAGGUAUCCAUAUUCGGCGGGAGAGAACAGACACAGACUUGGCUAGCUAUGCUCCGUCCUGCUCCUAUAGUUGUGAUUCAGAGAGACUGAUGGCGCCUCAGGUUAACCCCCUAACAGUUGCWGCCUUCAGCCUGCCUUCUAUAGGAUCUAUCAACUGGAACAUGGACCCUGCAACAACACAGACACUGCCUGACCUUCGUCCUCCUCUCCUUAUGUUAAACCAGACCUCAGACAAUGUCAGUCCCUCAACAAUAAAUGGCUAUACAAGCCCAUUGACAAAUGACAGUAGUAACGCUAUCAGCAGAUCUAAUGGCAAAGAUAAGCGCUUCUCGUGUUCAUUCUGUGGGAAAGCCUUCAGUUUCCCCAAACAGGUGGAGAUCCAUAAGAGGAUGCACACAGGGGAGAAACCAUUUGGCUGUACCCAGUGUCAGAUGCGCUUUGCUGAAGCMUGUCACCUGAAGAGGCACCAGAGGGUUCACACAGGYGAGAAACCUUUCAGCUGCCACCUGUGCCGGGUCWGUUUCUCCCACUCGUCCAGCCUGAAGAGGCACCAGAGGGUCCACARGGGAGAAACCAAAUAUCUGCCCCCAGUGUAACAAAAGGUUCUCCCACCAGCACCAUCUGAAGAUGCACUUGAAGGUCCACACGGGAGACAAUGAGUUUCUCAGAGAGGAGCUAUCUCAGGAAAGACCAGCAGAAAAUGCACAUGGCCCAUGUAUAGUGUAUAGUAACAUGUUAUGUAGUACUAGUUAGUUUGUUAGUAGUUAAUUCUGUUGGUUUUGMAUGUAGUAGGGAACUGGAUGAGGUGAACUGAGGAAAGAAUGAGUAUGAUGAGGCAUGGUUGGUGUGAUGGCGUCUGUAAAAAUGCUUCUCUGAUAAAGUGAUAACCUUGUCCUGUUAUAAUGCGGAAAUGAUAGUGCCUUAAUUCAUGUUUACUUGACAUGAAGAUGUGUAAUGUAAUGUUGAACCUUUUCCGAAGUAUUCUCAAAUAAAUGUUCUCAAAGCGYGGGUACCAAAUGUACAGGAAGGCAGAGGCUACGAAUAUGGAGUUUAUCCCUGCUUCACCCCUCUGGAAAGGUCUUUCUCAAAUCUAAGGAUCCAAAUUACAUUCUGUGCAUGUGUUAUUUACUCAUGUUCACGUUUCUUUAUUUAGUCACCCUCUUCUGGACCCAAAACCAAUUUGAGCGAUAUGAUAAUGUAGCCGGUCUUUGCCUCAUGUCUGAACAGCUGCGAUUUGAAUGAACGUUCCAAAAAUAUGUAUGAAGGCUACAACCUUCUCUGUCUGGUGUAACGGAUAUUGCCGUAGCAAUAGUCUCAAACAAGACCGUCUACACAUUGCAUUGGGACAAAACAAUUUGCGUUUGAUGUGAUGAUAUAAUCUUUAAAGUUAUGCUGCCAUAUAGCCAGGAGUCUGCCUCCUGUUUAGCCGUUCUUUGUAAUGAUGAUGAAAGAAGAACAMUGCUAGACUGUUAAAGACAAAUAACUGUUCUGUUUUGUGUACAAGCGGCAGUGGAGUUAGAGUGACUCAGCACUGAGCAGCAACUGAAAGGAGAAGGCUAGUAGAUCCCGCAUGCGCAGAAAUCUCUGUAUUUUUAGCAACAGCAAUUUGGGUUUCAGAAAAUCUGGAACCGCAGCCACUUGGUUCCAGAAAAAGUAAAGUGUUACCAUAUUGAGAAAUGUUAUUCUACUCUUCAUGUAUUGUUUUGUGCAGUAAAASUAUUGUACUUCACGUUAUGCAUGUGUGUGACCAUUUUGUUGAAAUUAAAUGCAACAUUUACUCUGUA